CGUGAAUUUUUUUUUGGUGUAUAAUUCUUUGACGUCACGUUUGACAGUUAACCAGCAUUACCCCCUCCUAAAAAUUUUGAAGCAAAUCUCUUUGUCGCUUCUGUAUGGUGUAUAUCUAUUCCCUGGUCUUCAGUUUUUGACCGUUUUGAUCCAUCUGGUUUGUUAUGCACAAAGCAUAUGUUAUGCACAAAGGUUAUGCAUUUAUUUUGUCUGUGAUCUGCAUCAUCUGCAUAUACGGUGAUCUGUGAUUUCAAAUAUAUUUGGUGAAGUGUGAAACGCAAACGAAGUGUGAAACGCGAUCGAUAGCCUUAUAAUUAUCAGAGUAAUUAUACAUUUAUGUUAGUAAAACGCGUCUUCAUUGUUCUUUUCAUUUAUGUUCUAACUUUUUUCAAUAACUAAUAAACAAUAAUAAUCAAGAGGUGUUACUUGAAGACCGAAUAAAAAUGAACCUAAUGGAAGUGGAUAUAGCAACUUUUAUAACUCCGCAUUUCUUUUUUCUAAUCGAGAGGAAUAAAGAACAUAGAUGUAAUUUUUUAAAGCAACUUUCCACAAGAAUUAACGACCGAGUUAAUGUGAGCCUUGAAAAUGUUUCAUUUAGUAUUGAUGAAAUUGUAGCUGUACACCAUGAGCAUGGAUUAGUUAGAGCAUCCAUACAAAAUAUAACUGAGGAGAAUGAUAAACAGUUAUAUUAUUGCUGGCUUCUUGAUUAUGGGAUUUUAACAAAAACAUACAGGGUUUUUAAAUUGCCUUUCGAAUUGCAGAAAGUUACUCCACAGGCAAAACAAGCUUCAUUAAAUAAUAUUGGUUACAGCAAAGACAAUUUAGAAAUGGGUGCUACUGGGAAAAUUAAGUGUAUUCCUUCAGUUAUACCAUCCACAUCAGUAUUAGAGUACUGCUUAAGUCUAUUUUCUGGAGCUACCAAACUUUGUUUUGACAUUGAAGACCAUUAUGAUCAUAUUUUAAUUGGAGAACUUAUAAUUUAUAAGGACAAUCAAGAGUUUAAACUUUCAGAAGAAUUAAUGAAAAAAGGAUUAGUCAUAAAUGAUGAGGAUAUUUUUGAACGUUUGAAAUACAAAGCAACAAUUUAUAUGAAGAACAAUUUAGAUAUGAUUUAUCAUACUACUGAACAUUUUUCCAUUUGCAAGUACAAAAAUGAGGAAGUGAAUUCUGUGAAGAUACAUUAUACAGAGUUACUAGACUUAGAUGAUGAAGUAGAUAGUGAUGAACCUCUUGGAAAUGGUAGACGAAGGCGUAAUAUAUUUAGGACGAAAGAUAGUGGUGUAAAAAACUUGUCUUUAACAAAAAACGGGGAAAUACAAUUAGCCAAAAGUAAUGUGUUUGAAAGCGAUAAAGAAAAUUCUUCUUGUUUUUCAAUAUCAAAUGAACAUACCAGCAAUUCAAAAAGAGCUGUAGAUGACUUAAAAAAUGUCGAACAAAUAUCUAACAAAAAUGAUAAAUUGCCAAAUAAAAUUGGUGAAACUAACUCAAAAAGUAAUGUCGAAAUAUUAAGGCAAAAACUUGCCGACUUUAAAAUGAAGCAAAAACUGUUACAAAGUAAAUUAAAAGAAAGUGAAGGAUUAACAUCUCCCCAAUCAGAUUUUGAGAACAAAAUUUCUGAUUAUGAAGAUAAAGAUACAUCUUUAUCGCCAUUUUUGGAUGUAACAUCGGAAAAAUCUCCAAAAUCUAAUGUCAUAUUUUUACCUGCUGGAAUGAGCCAUACUUACAAAAAAGCCAGUGAAAAAAGAAGCCAUAAGUCCACAAAGAAGAAGCCAGUGGAAAAUAGAAAAUCUCACGAUCUGGAUGUUUCUUCCACUUCCCUAAAUAACGAUAGUGAUUGUCCUACUGUUGAGGUGUCAACGAAUAUUUCUAAUCAAGAAAAAAGUAUUGUAUCAGAUACACCAGCCAAAAAUUAUGAUUCUUCAAUGUCCUCUGAAAAGAUAAACACAGAGUCAUUCUCAAAGUUAGAAUAUUAUAAGUUGGUAAAUGGGUGCAAUUGUGUAGAUUGCAGAAAAGUUUAUGAAGAUGAUGAUUGGGAUUCGCCACUUAACUUUGACCAUUCAAUUGAGGAACGAAAAAUUGAAAAAAAGUCAGUUGAAGAUGUUAUCAAACCUCCAAAAUUGUUCAAAACAGAUGAUGAUGUCAAACUUUCGGAUGGAAAACAAAUUCUUUCCAUUGAAUAUAAUAACAUGACCGCAGUACAAAAACAAACUGCCGCUAAACUUCUAGUUCAUGGCGACGCUAUACCAAACCCAAUAGCGCAGGUUUCUAACUUAAAUAUUCACCCAGACAUAUAUGGAAAUAUCAGUCGACUAAAUUAUAAACUGGCAAAAAAAAUACAGCGAUAUGCAUUUCCGGCAAUAACUAGAAAUCAACACGUCAUUAUGAUCAACGAUGCAAAGUCGGGAAAAACUAUGGCUUAUCUGCCAAUAUUGAUUUCAUUUAUUAGGGAAAAAAAUGAGAGGUAUGGCCAGUUAAUGAACGUCAGUGGAGCACCUUUUGUUGUUAUAUUGUGCAGUACGUCAAAAAGAUGUGAGAAAAUUUAUGAUUUAAUAAGAAUGAUCCUGGAAAAUCUUAAGAGUAGAGUUAAUUUGGUCACAUAUCCAGGAUAUGGAAAUAUGAGUAACAUUGAAAUCCUCGUAACUAUGCCAGCUGUAUUGAGCUCGUUGAUAUCUUUAAGAGCAAUAAAUUUCAAACGCCUUUGUCAUUUUGUGUUGGAAGAUGGCGAUACCAUGCUUGAAUCGCACCAAAAUUUGAUUUAUAAAUUUUUUGACUUGGCUGACAAGGUACUGGAACACAGGAAUUGUCCAAAAUCGAUUCAGCUAAUAGUCUGUGCUGAACAUUGGACAUUACAUAUAGAAAAUAUUUUGAAAAAACUGAAUAAAGCACCUCUGGUGUGCAUAGGAAACUAUUUAGAAGCAGCGUUAUAUGCUAAAAUGAAUUUUACCAUGAAAUUUUUGGAAACGAGUUUUAAAGAGCAAGAAUUAAAAAAAAUGCUUUCUGACGUUUAUAAAUUUACCAAGUCGAUAGUGAUUUGCAAUCCCGAGGAUAUUCAAGAUAUAGAAACAUUUUUAAUGCUCAAAGGUAUCGAAUAUAUUGCAGUUAAAGAUGAGAUGGCACAGGAGGAUAUGCAGUAUUAUGAGGGACUUUGGAACAAUUGCACACCAGGAAAAUAUUCGGUUCUAAUAUGUUCAGAUAAUGUAUAUAACACCAUGCUUACAGUCACAAGUGCAUCACUUUUAGUACAUUAUUCUUUACCAAAUUCUUGGUCACAGUUUUCCAGAAGAUUUAGUUGUUUUUUGGAAAAUAUCACCACUCCGCUCAAUACAAAAGAGAAAUUAACUAAUAUAUGUAGUAUUGUAUUUGUUGAUGAAAAUUGUGAAUCUAGGAUGAAUAAAUUUGCCAAGUUUAUUAAAAAAUCUGGCCUAGAAAAAUAUCUACCUGAAAAAAUUAAGUCCUAUUUUGAUAUGGUUAUAGUGCAAGAAGAACAUACUAAAAUAGAAAGAAAAGUGGAACUAUGCCAAAAUUUAAACAUAUUUGGAAAGUGUUCAUCAGUUAACUGUUCAAAAAGACACAUAUUAAAUAAAGAUGUUGAUGUUUGCGAUGUUCUGCCAAAAAAUGGCAUAAUAAAGUUUAAAAUUCUCACACUAACAAAUACUACCACUGCUUCUAUUAAACUUUUGGAACACCUUGACUUAAAAGAAAAGCGCGUCAAAGUUUAUGAUGAUAUGAAUGAUUACAUAAAUGAAGUUCUCCAAAGAAAAGAAAGUUAUCAUCGGGCCGUUAAAAUCGUUAGAAAUAAUUUAUAUUUGUACAAAGAAGAUGGCAAAUAUUAUAGAUGCAAAUUAAUAGAAAAGGAAGAGUCUGUUCUUGUCUUUUUAUUGGAUAGGGGUAUCUAUUGCAAAACAGAUGUAAAGGAAUUGUGUGAAAUUCCUGAAGAACUGAUUGAAGUUCCACAACAGUGUUUUGAAGUUUAUUUAGCAAAUCUUAUACCUCCUUAUGAAGAUAACACAUUUUCAAGGUUAUCACGUAACAACUCUCAGCUAUUCUUAGAAACCAAUUGCUCCAAUGCAACAAUGAAGGCCGUUAUUAAACUUCAACUAGCUGAUCAUUUAUGGUUGGAAGAUGUAUGUGAAGAAAGGGAACUGCAUGACAAAUCGUUACCUUCGCUCGGUUUUCAGUUUACUAGGGAACUGAUUAAUCAAGGACUGGCACUUCAAAGUGAAGACCCGCUAAAUUUGCUAUAUAACUUGUGUAAAGAAGCUGACAUUGAACUUAUGGAGUAUAAUUUGCCUAAACCCAAAACUAACAUUCGUAAAGCUGAACAAGCUAAACCACAAUGGGCGUUCUUAAGUUGUGAUGACAUUACAGAAGUGAUGUUUAGUAGUGCUACUUCGCCUGCAGAAUUCUACGUUAAACAAACCAAAUUUUAUAAGCAGCUUCUUGAUUUAGAGGAAUACAUUCUAAAAGAAAUUCGAAAACCGUUUUACCCUGUACCAGAUAAAGUGGAAGUCGGAAAUUGUUAUUUGGUUAAAGAUGUGGAAACCGAAAAUUAUUCUCGCGCCCUCCUAAUGACAGUAGACAAUGACAACGCCCACGUAUUUUGUGUCGAUUAUGGUGACGACAUCAUUGUUCCUGUAUCUUCCUUGAAAUUUAUACGCAAUGAGAUGAUCACAAAACUUCCAUUCCAAAGCAUUCAAUGUUCGAUGUACGGAGUUAAAUCUAUCGAUGGAACUUGGAGAGAUGAGGCCACAGAUUUGCUGUACGACAAGGGUUUUGAACCAGGUACAGAUGUUUUUCGAUCUCUGUUUGUGAAAGUCUAUUCGAGACAAAAUAAUGAGAUUGUGCAAAAACAGAAUUCGUAUUUAGUAGCUAUUAAAGAUGGAUUUAGUGAAAGGCAUCUUUUAUUGAGUCAGUUACUAAUUGAUUGCGGAUUUGCCUUGCCUAACGGAAAGGAAUUGGAAGAUUUUGAAAUACCCGAAACUGUGUCGCAAGAUGAUGAUGAAGAUGAUGGUGAUGAUUAUAUCAAUGAAAUGGAUUACAAUAGUGUUGGGGAAAAUAGAGAAAAUGUGCCUCCAGAGGAAGAUUUUAGCAAGUAUGAGUUUGUUGCGUUUGACGUGGAACAAUUUUUAAUCGAAGCCGGUUGCAAUAUAGGAGUUCUUAAACAAUAUCAAGGUAUGACCACUAAAAACGAUCUACCAGUUAUAAAAGCCGCUCCAGAAGUUGAUUAUCUAACUCCAAAUGUCAUCUGGUACCAGACUGCCAGUAAUAUCAGACUUACAAUAAAUAUUCCAGAUGUUAAGGAUUGUCGAAUUAGUUUGCUGCAAAAUAGGGCCUUCAAUUUCAGCACCGACUUAAAUGGAAAGAAAUACAUGGUGAAGUUAAUGCUGUUUGAAAAAGUGGAGAAAACCUACGAAUAUACGAUUUUAGGUUCGCAAGUGAGAAUAACCCUGAAGAAGAGCAAAGACGCGGAAUGGCCUAGGUUAUUGUUAAAGGCGGAAAGGAAUAGAAAGGUUCAUUACGAUAUUUCAAUGUUGAAAGAUAACGACGAACGUCGCAAAAUGUUAGAUUUAGGAUUCGGUGAUUCUAGCGAAUCGGAUAGUGAUUCUGAAGGAUACAAUUAUCACAUUUGUUCAGAUCUAGAUUCUGAAUAUGAUUAUGACAUUGCCAAUGAUGAUUACUAAAUUUUGAAUAGAUUUAUUUCGUUUUUAUGUUUUAAUUAACAUAACUUUUAGAGCAUUUAGUUUUCAAUGUGAUAUAAAUAGCAUUAAGAAUUUUUUACUUUUAUAUAUUGCUAUCCACAGUUUGUGCCUGUAGGCCAUGUGUAAUUACCAUCACAGUGAUGGACUUUGUUUACAGAUACCUGUUUGCAUAUUCACAUAACUUUAAUAUUCAUCGACCAUCCACUCCAUUUUUUACAUACAUUUAAGGUUUAUCCGACACAAGUGCCAGUUGUUGUUUGUUAUUUGUUUUAAGUCACAUGUAAAAUUGUACAAUAUGAUAGAAAAAAAACGGCGUCAGCGAUGGCCAUGUAAAGUUAUAUGGGGAAUGUCAUCGAUCGUCAUUUCCAAGCUAACUGGACGCCGUUUUUUUUCGAUCAUACAGUAUUUUCUGUCAUGAUGUCUGCCACAAUACAAUUGCUUGGUAAUUAUAAUGAUAGACUACAACUGUCACUAUCAUGUAUUCUUUUGUUGAUUAACUAUACUAGAGGUAGUACCAGAGUAAGUAAACCGACGAGUAGCGACAGUCCGGUUUUCAAUUUUCUUUGCAGCUGCGCGAAAUAAGUAGGUUAUCUGUCAUAUGAAGAAGCGAAGUUGCCACUGUUGCCAUUUGUCAAAUAUCUCUAUAUUCUCUAUUUCAAGUAUGCCUCAAGCAAAGAAUCAUUUUUUUAAUUAUUUAUUAGUUGUAAGAUAUUUUAUACAUUCAAAUUUAGAAAUAGGGAUUAAA